CAAUGGCAGUGCCCGUUGCGGAGUUCCGGCGGGAUUACCGGAAGUGCUCGGCGGCAUUGUACGAGCUCUCGGCGACUGUCGCUCCGUGUUUAAUGUUCACUAAAUAAACUCUGGGAUUUGUUUUUUUUCCAUUUCUUUCUAACAAAACAAACUGAUUUAACAGCGCCGGGGUUGGAGGAGAGUGGAUUGCACAGCGGUGUGUCGGAUAUUAUGGAGUAAACGCGCUUGUUUUUGGCAGUUCGGUACUUUUGUGAGGAGUUUUCCCCGCUGUUGCUGUUGCUAUGCUAAGCUACACACAAAUAACCACAGCGCCUGUAGCUCGCGGCGCCAUUUUCCAGCUUUAGACUCCGGCAGCGUUCAUUUAACCUCCACAUCUCUGUGCGAGGAGCUCGAGGUUCACUGACUGCUUUAGUUUCAGGUCCUCAGGCGUGUGUGUGUGUGUGUGUGUGUGUGUUAGCGCAGCUCUGUAACUGACACAGAGUGACUCGGAGCCGGAAGCUGGUGUCGGUUCCGGUGUCGGUUCCUGUCUCAGCCCCGGUGAGUGUGUGUGUGUGAGUGAGUGUGAGUGUGUGUGAGUGUGAUGAUGAACGGGUUCAGCACGGAGGAGGAGAGCCCCGAGGGCCCGGGCCUGACCCCGCUGUUCCCGCAGAGCUGCUGCUGUCUGCUGGAGGGAGGAGAGCGCUGCGGCCGGGCCGCCGGUAACGCCUCCUUCAGCAAGAGGAUCCAGAAGAGCAUCUCUCAGAAAAAACUCAAACUGGACAUCGACAAGAGCGUCAGACACCUGUACAUCUGCGACUUCCACAAAAACUUCAUCCAGAGCGUGCGCAACAAGCGGAAGAGGAAAACCAGCGAUGAUGGAGGAGAGUCUCCUGAUCACGACGUUGAAGUUCCGGAGGUGGAUCUGUUCCAGCUGCAGGUGAACACACUGCGCCGUUAUAAACGACAUUACAAAAUCCAAACCAGACCCGGACUCAACAAAGCCCAACUGGCAGAGACGGUGAGUCGUCAUUUCCGGAACAUUCCGGUGAACGAGAAGGAAACGCUGACGUACUUUAUUUAUAUGGUGAAGAGCAGUAAGAGCCGACUGGACCAGAAAUCAGAGGGAAGUAAACAGCUGGAGUAACACCAACGCCUUUCAGCGGACGGACACACACACACACACACACACACACACACACACACACACACACACACGUCUCGGCUGACGUACUUAAUGACUGCUUACACUUUAGCGGACUUCAACGUGAACAUUAAUCUGUUUAUCCAAACACACAUGAGAUCAGCGCUGUGGGCGGAGCCUGCCUCUGUCUGCCUCUCUGUCUGUCUCUCUGCCUCUCUGUCUCUCUGCCUCUCUGUUUCUCUGCCUCUCUGUUUCUCUGCCUCUCUGCCUCUCUGUCUGUCUCUCUGCCUCUCUGUCUGUUUCUCUGCCUCUCUGUCUGUCCAUCUAAUGUUAAUGAUCCUGAAGUGCUUUUUGGUUCCUCAUGUCGACUGUUAUUCUCUCGUUUCUGUGCCAAAACCGCUAGUUAUCUCGGGAUGAAUCUGAGUUCAGCGUGUGUCUUUUUCUGGUUAGCUUCUUAUUAACGUUAAUAACACUUCACUGUAACACUGAGCACCACUCGCGCUUCAGAUGGAAUAAUUAGCCGUUUCCUUUAGCUUCCUGUCUCUUAGAGAGCUUUUAUUUGACCCCUGAUUUAGAGCCGCGUGUCUCCUCCUCCUCUUCCUCCUCCACCAUCUUCUCUGUUGUUUUUUUUUUCUGUAUGAAAGCUUCCACAUGACGAUAACCCACUGAACUUUUUAUCACGAUCUAUAAUACUGUUGCAGUGUUGUAUUUUAAAAUGAGCGCGUGUUCUUCUGUAUCUCUUCUCACUGAACGGCAGUUUAACCUUAAAUGGACUUGUCUCAUUCAGGACUUCCUUAAAGGGGCGGGGCUACAGUUCUGUGUUUUUAAACCUGAAAAUAAACACAUGCUACUUUAAA